CAAACAACAAAAGUCUGGGCCACUACAUGCAGAUGUAGACAUGGCAGAGGUAGCAGACCUCCCCACAGAGGAGGAAGUAGACAAGAUGGGGAUUCUUCAACUAUAUCUGCCUCUCCGAAAUGUUGGUUUGACCGAUGCAGAGGUUGGUAAGUUGAGUGAGAAUGAUGCAAAAGCUGAACUGAAGAGGAGGAUCAGGGACAUACAGGCAACAGCUGCAGAACGAAGAAGAGCUGGACAGGCUGCAGACAACAUGACAGAAGUCCUGGAAAAGAACAACUUGAAACAAAAACGCCUAAAAGAUCUAUGCCAUAGCAUUGCUGCCUAUCUUCCCAAUUUGGAUGACGCUAUAAAGGAUCAACUGAAGACACGAUUUGAUCAUGAGGCUGGAGACAUCCUAAAAGAAGUGCAAAGUCACUUAGACAAGGAAGAAUGUUUUCUUCUUGUAGCAGGAGAAACAUCCUCAGGAAAAAGCACCUUCCUGAACCUGCUUCUGGGAGAUAAAGUCUUACCCGUCGCAUUUGAAAGUUCCACUUCUGCCAUCUGUGAGGUGAAGUAUGGUAUGACCAAGCAAGCCGUGGUGCAUCUGAGGGAGCCCAAUGAUCAAGGGCAGAAGCAAAUAACCAUCCCACUGGAUGGAACAGAGGAGCAUCAAGCGGAGCUGAGAAGCUACAUGCAUCUGAAGGGUGCCUACAGAGACCAACUUCCUCCAGCCAAGAAGGUUGAGAUCUUUUGGCCUCUUCCUCUUCUUGAAGGAGGAAUAGUGAUAGUGGACAGUCCAGGAGUUGGAGAGAGUGACAUGAUGGACAAAGUUGUAGCUGACUACAUCCCCAAUGCCUUUGCGUUCCUGUACAUCAUCAACAGUGCUAAUGCUGGAGGAGUCCAACAUGACAGGUUGGGAAAACUUCUCAAGCUGUAUGCAGAAAAGGAGAAUGUCUUCAACUCAGAAUCAGCCAUGUUUAUCUGCAACAAGUGGGACCUGGUUGAAGCUGAAGCACCUGCAAAGGAGCAAGAGGAAAUGAAAACAAACACAUUCAGGAAGCUGUCACAGAUGUGGCCUGACCUGAAGGAGUCGCAGGUGUUCUAUGUGUCAACAAAAAAGGAAAGACAGAUUCUCAAAUUGAAUCUCACCAUGAUGCUUACAGUGUGGCACUUAGCUUACCUUUAUGUUGUAAUUGGCUAAUUGCCUUGAAUGUAAAAUUGUGCGUAUGUGCGUGCAAAAUUCAUGUUGCAGGAAAAUUGUGUGUAGCAACAAAGAAAACAAGCAAUUUCUACUCCUUCCAGAAAACAAUGACAUUUGUGUGAGUGGCUGCACACAGUAAAACUGUCAAAAAUGUAUUUUAACACAGUGGCUUUGUUUUAAUUCACCACUUCUGGUUUGAAAAAAAUGAAGGCCUGCUCAUGAUGCUGUACAACAUUACCAAAGUUAGAGUCUGUGCAUACUCGUAAGUCUAUCUUCUAUCAGCUAACUGCCUCUUUUAGGGCAUCCAUUACCUUUAACCCAACAAGACUGUUGUGAUGAGGACUAUUACUAUUUGUGCUUCAUAUCAUUGCUGCAGGCUGUAGGUCCAGGAGGGAUUCUCUCUGCAGACUUCACCAAAGUGCUGGAUGGUCUGGACUGGCUGCUGCCCAAAAGUCUGGACAUCA